AUGCAUCCACAAGAUUGGUUUAUGGUUUUUAUUGGGUUUUUCUUCCCCCCCAUUCCGGUAUUAGUCAAAAGAGGCUUCUUUUCUGCUGAUUUUUUGAUCAAUAUUGUCCUUUGUCUUUUAGGAUUUUUCCCGGGUUUAUUACAUUGUUACUACAUCAUCCUGAGCUACCCAUACAGAGAAACACACUCAGCUCUCGGAGGUGAUGGUCAUAACCACAGAGUCAAUAACUAUGGUUCGACUUGA